AUGUCGACUCAAAAGACUGCCAUUAUCUCUGUCUACGACAAGAAGGGACUUCUUGACUUGGCCAAGGGAUUGAUUAAGCAGAAUGUUCGUCUUCUUGCUUCAGGUGGGACCUCUAAGAUGAUUAGGGAGUCUGGUUUCCCAGUUGAAGAUGUCUCCGCAAUUACCCAUGCCCCAGAGAUGUUGGGCGGUAGAGUGAAGACACUCCAUCCAUCAGUUCACGCCGGUAUCCUUGCUCGCGAUCUUGCAUCUGACGAAAAGGAUCUCGCCGAGCAGAAUAUAAACAAAGUCGAUUAUGUCAUCUGCAAUCUUUACCCCUUCAAGGACACAAUCAACAAGAUUAAUGUUACAAUCCCUGAGGCUGUGGAGGAUAUCGACAUUGGAGGAGUCACCUUGAUCAGAGCUGCCGCCAAAAAUCACACUCGAGUCACAAUCUUGACCGAUCCAGGAGAUUAUCCAGAAUUCUUGGAAGAACUUGCGAAGGGUGAUGUCACAGAGCGUAGCAGAAAGUUGUACGCAUUGAAGGCAUUUGAGCACACCGCAGACUAUGACGCCUCUAUCUCGGAUUAUUUCCGCAAGCAAUACGCUGGAGAGGGUUCGCAACAACUUGUUCUAAGAUAUGGUGCAAACCCCCACCAGAAGCCUGCCCAAGCUUACGUCAGUGAGGGAUCUUUGCCAUUCAAAGUCCUUUGUGGCUCCCCAGGAUACGUCAAUCUUUUAGACGCUCUGAAUGCCUGGCCUUUAGUCAAAGAGCUCAAGGCCGCCCUUGGCCACCCAGCAGCAGCCAGUUUCAAGCACGUUUCACCUGCAGGUGCUGCCAUUGGUGUUCCUCUUACAGCUGAUGAGCGUAAAGUCUAUAUGGUAGACGAUAUCGUUGGUUUGGAGAACUCUCCUCUAGCUCAAGCAUACGCACGUGCUCGAGGUGCAGACCGAAUGAGCAGUUUCGGAGAUAUGAUUGCAUUGAGUGAUAUCGUCGAUGUUCCAACUGCCAAGAUCAUCUCACGAGAAGUCUCGGAUGGUGUUAUCGCUCCAGGCUUCGAGGAUGCUGCUCUUGAGAUCUUGAAGAAGAAGAAGGGUGGUAAGUACCUGGUCCUUCAAAUGGACCCCGAUUUCACUCCACCUACACAAGAGACAAGAACUGUAUACGGCGUUAACUUGAGCCAACGUCGCAAUGAUAUCGUCAUUUCCCCAAAAUCUUUCUCUUCCAUUAUUACUCCAAAAGAUUCCGCUCCUCUGUCAGAGUCGGCCGUCCGAGACUUGACAGUGGCUACCAUUGCUUUGAAAUACACACAGAGUAACUCUGUUUGCUACGCUCUCAACGGUCAAGUCAUUGGGUUGGGAGCUGGUCAACAGUCUCGCAUUCAUUGCACGAGACUUGCCGGAGAUAAGGCCGACAAUUGGUGGUUGAGGUUUCAUCCCCGUGUUUUGGGCAUCAAGUGGAAGACUGGUACUAAGCGCCCUGACAAGAGUAAUGCAAUUGAUCUCCUCGUCAGUGGCGAAUUACCAAAAUCUGGAUCCGAGCGUGAGGGUUACGAAGGUUUCUUCGAUGAGGUUCCGGCCGAGUUCACCGAGCAGGAGAGAGAAGAAUGGAUGUCGAAACUCACUCAAGUUGCAGUUUCAAGUGAUGCAUUUUUCCCAUUCAUUGACAAUGUCUACCGCGCCGCAAGAUCGGGUGUCAGUUACAUCGCUGCACCAAGUGGCAGCCAAAACGAUUCAUAUGUCUUUGAGACUGCUGAGAAGCUUAACAUUACAUUUGUCGAGCAAAGCAUUCGUUUGUUCCACCAUUAA